AUGAAGGUCCUCACCAAAGAACAAGAGGAGGCUCACUACAAAGUCACUCUCAAAGGUGGCAUGAAAGGUCUCGCCCUUGGCACAGCAAUUGGUCUCACCGGCCUCGGUCUCGCAAGCCGCCGCUAUGCCAUCAUCCGCGGCCUUACCCUCCCCAUGAAGUCCUUCCUCAUCACCUCCUCCUCGACCUUCUGCGCCAUCGUCGCCGCGGACCGCGCCUCGCGCAGCUACGAAUUCGAGAGCAUGCCGAAGAACCUGUACAAGGACCAGGCGUCGCGAGACAUGGCGGUUGCACGGGAGAACGACACCACCUUCGAUAAGUUCAAGCAGUGGGGUCGUGACAACAGAUACCCCAUUGUGACGGCGUCGUGGAUUGCCAGCAUGGGUGUUGCCCUGCAGCUGGUGCGCAACAACCCGUAUCUGUCGAAGGCCCAGAAAUUGGUCCAGGCGAGAGUGUACGCUCAGGGUCUGACCCUGGCUGUGCUGGUCGUGACGGCACUCUUUGAGGUGGGAGACGCGAAUAAGGGUAGGGGCAGAUGGGAGACAGUGAUGGUCGUUGACCCCAAUGAUCCCGAGCACAAGCACAUGAUCGAGAAGAAGAUUCACCACGAGAUGUAUCCUGGAGAGGAUUUGUGGAAAGAUAUGGUGGAGGCCGAGGAGCAGAAGAUCGCAGCCCGCAAGCAACAAGAGGGAGCAGCGGCGGCGGCGGCAACCAAGCAGGCCAAGAACUAA